AUGUCAAAUUAGAAUACGUAAUAGUAGAGCCAAACUAGUAUGAAAUAGAAACUAUUAAAAAUUUUACAGGAAAAGAACAAUAAGCCAAUUGCUGAGCAGAAGCAACGCUCAAAUUUAGAUUACUCAUCAUUAUAAAGGAAAUUAUCAUAGCCAUCUCAUAAAUUGCCUGUUGAAAUGAACAAAUCUGCAAGAGAGAUUUGGUUAUUUGAAAUAUUCAAUAAUUAGAAUCUCACAUAAAAAGUAUCAGUAGAUUGAUGAAAGUUAAGGUCUAGUAAUUGAAGUAAAUUUAAGUAAGAACAGCCAAAUUAAUUAAAAGUUAUCAAACUAAAGAGAUAAAAUGGAAUAACAAAAGAGUAGCCUUAUAAUAAGAGGUUGA